AUGUGGCGUCCACUAUUCGCUGCCCUCGCCCUCCUUGCUACUGUACUCGAUGCCCAAGAUCGACCACGCACCCCUCAGCACCCACCCCGGACGGAUGCUCACGAUGGGCCCUCGGCUAAAGCUGAAGGCCAGAUGCUCUUCGGGAUUAUUUUUGCCCUGUUGAUUUGCUGCUGCUGCUGUUGCUACAUUGCCAGCUGUGUCGCGAUUUGUAUCCCGCUCUGCAGGAAGAAGAAGGAAAUCAAAGAAGAGGAGGCCGCAGAAGAGAAAUCUAGGAUGAGCAGCGCACCGAUGAACUUUGACGGACCGUGCCCAUAU